AUGUCGGAAUUGCUGAUGCUAGCUGAGACUAGAAACAACAGAUACAAAGUCUCUGGCCAGAUCUGCAUUCAGGAGGAAGCAUUUAAUGUUCAGUCAGUUGCUGAGGAUGUUGAUUUUUAUCACCAUGGUUUUGAGAACUCUGGUGAUUUGAGAGUCCAGGACGACUGCGGACAGGUGCGAGUUGUUCUCAAAUAUCGACACUGUGAUGGGAACCUCUGUAUCAAAGUAACGGACGAUGUAGCUUGUUUGCUGUAUAGGACAGACCAGGCACAAGAUGUAAAGAAGAUCGAGAAAUUCCACAGUCAGCUAAUGCGACUCAUGGUGGCUAAGGAAUCCCGCAGUGCUGCCAUGGAAACAGACUGAAUUGCUGAAAAUAACAUGAGUGCUCCGGUCAUAUUUCACUGGAAGAAAAUAUCUCUUGGAUUUGAACGAAUACUGGGACAGGAGAUGCUUUUAUGUACCGAAGUGGACUGGUGACAAGUCUGAAGCAUUUUCUCCCCGCUCCCCCAGGACUCCACUUUGGAAAAUCAGAAAAAUACUAGCUUUCAAUUGAAAGCAUUUAUUUAUUUUUGGGAAUUGAACAAGAAAUUAUUCUUACACAUUGGGUAUGCUAAGAAGACAAGUAAAUAUUUUAAAUUUCCAGUACUUUAGUCUGAAUGUGAUGGGCCACAAGGAUAUUUCUGGAAAAUUAAAUUUCAUAUAGAUUUCAUUGUGUUCAUACCUUAUGCUGGUGUAUUCUCACAGUGAGAAGGUUUAUUAACCUGACUAAUACUGUAGCAUGAUGACUGGAUCUAAUAAAUAUUUACAUAAAUGGUAUACAUCAGUGGGGUUCAGAAGAAUGGAUGUUUUCUGAAUGGAAAGGUUAAAAUUGCCAAUUUGUAUUAGCACUGUCACUAGCAAGAUUUCAGCUUUUAGUAUUGAUCUUGGUUAUAAGCUGUGCAAUGUUGUCUGUGAUGCAGUUUGUAGAACUGUUAUAUUGGCUAAAUAAUUAAACAUCUGUAUUUUAAAACUUAAGCUUUGCUUGAAUAUUGCUAGAGACAAUGAGAAACUGGGAGUUUGUUUUCUGCUUAUGCAAAUAUUGCUAUUAAAAAAAUGUUUGUGGCUUUUUUCCAGUACUUGAACUAUUUUAUACUAGCAGGGGGGACCUUUUCCCAUCCUUGCUUCAGGCAAAGUUGAAGUAUAUCAGCAAGACAAAUUCUAGAAGCUCUUGCCUAUUAUGUUAACCGAAAAAUGCAACCAAAUACUAUCCAGGUUCCUUAUUUCAGCAGCUUGCUAACUGUGCAUUUUCAAAUGUUACAUGUGGCAGAUGGAUGUCAGCCAACUGAAUAAAUGGAUGAAAACAGCUUAAUAAAUACUUAAAUACCACUGUCAAAAAUAGACCAAUGCUCCUGUGGCUUAGACUUGCUUCUCGUUGUUACCUCUGGUAGGGUGAUGGAAGCCGUAAAAAGGCUUUUUGCUUGAAAACCAGUAGCUGAAAUUGAUGCUUGCUUUGACUAGAUCUUGCAUACUUAAAACCAGAUGGAUUUUUUUAAUGUAAUUAUGCUAUUGGUCUAACUAGGCUUUUCCAGUACUAAUAUUUUGGGUUGAACCAAUCCACGAAAGUAAAGCGGAGCCAUGCGAAGACUUGCCUGUAGUGGCAUUUAUAGAUAACAAAACAAUCUAUUUAAAUAGCUACCUGCUGUCACUUACAUACAAAUAAUUGAGCUACUCGGAAGCAGUGGAGUUCCCACGUUUGCUAAGGGCUCAGCAAAAAAACCCAGGUUUGCAUUAGAGUACCCUUUCAGCUGAACAUAGUGUUGCAUAUUGUUGGAAAAUGCGGCGGUGCUAAAUUCCCAGUGGCUGCUCAAAUUCUAGUAUACAGGAGUGACUGGUACAUAUGUAACAUUUUUCUUUUUGUAUUGGCUUUUGAAAUACAAGUAAAUCCAGAGAGAAGGCUUAAACUUUGUUCAUAGUUAAACUUUAAGAUAUUGUAACGCUGAAAAUUUUCCUUGAUGCUCCAAAUUACUAUCUUAAUAUUUCCAAUGUAUAUUAAGUAGUUAAACCAUUUUUGUAUAAAACACUGUUCUGCAGUAUGAAUGGUUGCUACACAAACUCAUACAAGAUUUAAGCUGUUAAAUUGGCAGGUGAAAAGGCUGCAGCUAUUUUAGUGUAAUUUUUGGAUAUAUCUCAUAAAUUGGUUUGGUAUGUGGAUGUCUUCUGUGAGCUGAGGUACAGAAAGGCUUGAGUGGUAUUUGCUCGUGCACGGGGGAUAAAAGGAGAGAGAGGGAGAGAAGACUGUAGACGGACUUGGUAUCCCAAGUGGCUGAGAGGCUUAAGCUAUAUACUUGAGCAGGUUUUAGAGGGGGGCAAUUACAGUACUAUAUAUUAGAGUAGCAGUUGUCAAGGAAAGGAGGCAGGGAAAUGGAUUUCUAGUUUUCUAAACUCAGAAAUUAUUUCUGUAAAACCAUAAGGAAAUAUUGAUGAUACUUUCAUAAGAGCAUGUGUUGUUAAGCUUGUUCUCCAUACACUGACAGAAAAACUGUGGUGGUUCUGUGCAGUGGUAAUACACAAGAACACUGAUAAAGCUACUGCUUUAGAAGGAAAAAAAAAAAAGGCUUUUGGAAACUUCUUUAGAAAAAGACAGGUGCUUCUUGACUUUGUCCUGGAAUUCUCAGCAACUUCAAUGCUGUGUUCAUGGGGUGGCAGAACUCAAAGCUCUGCAUAUUCUUGCUUGUACUCUUGUUGAGAGUGUGCGUGUGUGCAUAUGUUCACUGAUGGCUUUCCUAAUAAACUUUCAAUGAGUUAGUCCAUC